AAAAGGAGCUACCCCUUGGAGUUCAAUAUCAUGUUUUUGUUGAUCCUGCUGGAGUUAAAAUCGGUACUCUUACAUGAAGAUUGCAAAUCAGGGGAAAAAAUAAACACACACACAUACUUAGCCUCUUGGAACCAUGAUGCAGAAAGUAAAAGAGUAAAAGAGCACAGUCUAAUGGCCCAAGUAUCACAGAUACUUACUUUAAAAACCCAGUUUAAGUCAACCUUGCCUUUGACCUUCCACUGCAAAUAAAAAUACUUGCUCUUUUUCUGGGGGCCAUUUUCUUUGUGAUACUCAAAGCUGAAGCCUCUUGAUACCACACAGGGUAUCUAUAUCUGACAUUGGCGUUGUUCUAUUUAACCUGUGUUAAUCCUCAUAAUGGUGUAGUCAGUACUUUUAUGGUUCCUAUCAUAUAGAUGAGAAUUUGAGGCAGAGAGAGUUAAAUAACUUGCCCAAGGUAACUAGUAAGUGUAGUUAUAUUUAAGAUAUUUUUUAGAACACCAGGUUCUAAGAAACUUUUUAGAAAGGAAAUCUAACUCAAAUAUUUGGUUUUGUCAUGUGGGAGAACUAUUUUAAUAGGUUUUUUAGUUUGUAAUUUCAAAUGAACAUGUAUACUUACUUUUUGUGUUGCAGUUUGUCUAAUAUAUUACUUCCUUAUUUUCAGGAGAUUUCAGUGCUCAUCAGUUAUUAUCAAGUGCUAAUCUCUGGAUUUCAUUGCUAAUUAUUUAUCUAUUUAAAUACUGUGAAAUGUGUGUUCAGUGUGACUCUUUUGCCCAUACCUUUGCUCUCCAGCUAGUUAAUUGUUAGCCAAAGGCCCUAUCCUCAAACUUAAAACACCUAACUUUUUACCAUAAUUACAAAUUUUCAGUAAGUUUCUAUGAAAUUAAUUACAUUUUUUAACUUUUAUUUUUAAGGAAAUGGAGGAUCCACACUUUGUGCCCUUCGAUGUUUGGAAAAGAUAUAUGGCAAUAAAUGGAAUUCUUUUACCAUCCUAUUAAUUCAUUCUGGUAAAGUUACACAUUUUCUUUUUCACUAAUUGACAUUUUACCUUUGAUAUUUUAGGGACUUUCUUCUACCUUGCAAAUACUUCUCCUUUUUAAAAAUUUUUUUUCUCUGAAGUUACUGUGCUUUGAAAACAUAUUUCAUGUUUUUCUAGACAUUUUAAAGUUGUAAGCAACAUAAUUUUUUUCACAAAUGUAUCUUUAUAGAUCACAUACAUCAUCAGCUUUUCAUGGAUAUUGUUUUCGGUGGUUACAGCCAACGCCUUCCAAAUGCAAGUGCCCUGGGCAAAAUUUUCACUGCAUUACCUUUUGGUAACCCCAUUUAUCAGAUGUUGGAAUUAAAACUAGCCAUGUACAUUGAUUUCCCCUCACAUAUGAAUCCUGGGAUUCUGGUUACCUGUGCAGAUGAUAUUGAACUUUAUAGUAUCGGAGAAUGUGAGUUUAUUAGAUUUGACAAACCUGGCUUUACUGCUUUAGCUCAUCCUUCUAGUUUGACUGUUGGAACCACACAUGGAGUAUUUGUCUUAGAACCUUUUGAUAAAUUAGAAUAUAGAGACCUUGAAUACAGGUCUUGCCAUCGUUUCCUUCAUAAGCCCAGCAUAGAAAAGAUGCAUCAAUUUGAUGCUGUAUGUAGACCGGGAAAUAUUUCUCAACAGGACUUUGCUAGGGGUGAUACUCCCUCUCUUAAGUUAGACUCUGAGUAUGUCUACACGGACAGCUUGUUUUAUAUGGAUCAUAAAUCAGCAAAAAAGUUACUUGCUUUUUAUGAGAAAAUAGGCACAUUGAACUGUGAAAUAGAUGCCUAUGGAGACUUUCUGCAAGCUUUGGGAUCUGGAGCAACUGUGGAGUACACCAGAAACACAGCAAAUGUCACUAAAGAAGAAGCAGAGUUGAUAGAUACUAGGCAGAGAAUAUUUCAUCUUCUUAAAGGAACCUCAUUAAAUGUUAUUGUUCUUAAUAACUCCAAAUUUUAUCACAUCGGAACAACUGAAGAAUACUUGUUUCAUUUUACUUCAGAUAGCAGUUUGAAGUCAGAACUUGGCUUAGAGUCCAUAGCUUUUAGCACCUUUUCUGCAAUACCGGAAAGUUCUGGUAAUACAUCCUGUAUCAUUCAAAGUAUACUGGAUUCAAGAUGUUCUGUGGCAACUGGCUCAGUUGUGGAGUAUUCCAGAUUGGGGCCUGAUGUUUCAGUUGGGGAAAACUGCAUUAUUAGUGGUUGUCAUAUCAUAACAGCAGCUGUUCUGCCUGCAUAUUCUUUUGUGUGUUCCUUAAGCUUGAAGAUGAAUGGACACUUAAAGUAUUCAACUAUGGCAUUUGGAGUGCAAGACAACUUGAAAAAGAAUGUUAAAACAUUGUCAGAUAUAAAGUUACUUCAAUUCUUUGGAGUCUGUUUCCUGUCAUGCUUAGAUAUUUGGAAUCUGAAAGUUACAGAGGAACUGUUCUCUGGAAACAAGACAUGUUUGAGUUUGUGGAAUGCUCGUAUUUUCCCAGUUUGUUCUUCUUUAAGUGAUUCAGUUACAAUAUCCCUAAAAAUGUUAAAUGCUAUACAGAACAAAUCAGCAUUCAGCCUGAAUAACUAUAAACUGUUGUCCAUUGAAGAAAUGCUUGUCUACAAAGAUGUAGAAGACAUGAUAACUUAUAGGGAGCAAAUUUUUCUAGAAAUUACUUUAAAUACAAAAAAGCAGUCUGAUUUAGAGACAUCUUAAAUGUCCUACAACUUGGCAUUCUUGAUUAAGCAAGACUACAAAUAGAAGAGUUUUCUGUAGACUUUUGUUUUUUCAUUGAAGUGAAUCAAUGCAAAUUAUAUUAAAAAUU